AUGUCCGGCAGCACCGCACUGUUGUUUGUGGCCGGCUCCGCCGGGCUGGCCCGUGCAGCCGCAGAGGCCAUGCUGGGGCACAGCGGGCUGCAGCUGCAGCGUCCCCAUGCUCUUGCUGGGCAGCAGCUGUCCUGCAUGGAAUAUGCUGCCUACUCGCAAGCCCAUCACGGCUGCAUUUAUGUGGGUGUAGAAGAAGCCUCCCAGGGAGCAUUGCUCAGAGCAGACUGCCUCCAGAAUUCUGAGGAUGUCCGAUGUAAAUGUAUCUGCCCUCCUUACAAAGACCAUUCGGGCAAUAUUUACAACAAAAACGUUUCACAGAAAGACUGUGAUUGUCUUCAUGUGGUUGAGCCAAUGCCUGUCCCUGGACCUGAUGUAGAAGCAUACUGUUUACGCUGUGAAUGCAAAUAUGAAGAGAGAAGCUCUGUCACAAUUAAGGUUACAAUCAUCAUAUACCUGUCUAUUUUGGGCCUACUUCUUCUGUACAUGGUGUACCUUACACUGGUGGAACCUAUCCUGAAGAGACGUCUCUUUGGACAUUCACAGCUCAUACAAAGUGAUGAAGACAUUGGGGAUCACCAGCCUUUUGCAAACGCACAUGACGUGCUGGCUCGUUCUCGGAGCCGCGCCAAUGUAUUGAACAAAGUGGAGUAUGCCCAGCAGCGUUGGAAGUUACAGGUCCAAGAGCAACGCAAAUCUGUCUUUGACCGUCACGUUGUGCUGAGUUAAUUGUGUCUCAGUAAAAGAACUCCAGGGAAGUAAUGUGGACUAAUUGAAAGAGCUGACUUAUGUCUUCCUGAUCCUGCCAAUUCAGAAGGAUUUUCUUGAAUGGUUCAUUAUUGAUUUAAAAAAAAUAAAGAAAAAAGUAUUUGAACUUUGAAGGAAUGUACUGGAGUGGAAGCAAUUUAAAAAGAUUAGUUAACCAAAAGCUAAAAUCUUUACAUUUUCAAAUGGCUUUUACUAACAAAACUGAAAAGAAACGAAACCCUAAGAUAUCUUGGGUUGCCACUGUGGUACCUUAUUUACAGUUGUGACUUUAUGGUGGUUUUUAACUAUACAUUUCUCUCUACUAUUUAUGUGGUUAAAAAGUACCUGGAAACACAGUAAUUACUUACAACUCACUAAUCACUUUAUGUAAAGACCUUUUGUAAAUAUACUUGGAUUUUCUGCUGACUAAUGCUAGGUACUGGAAAUCUAAAUCUUGCAGUGUAGUUUUCGUAUCAGAGAAUUAAAUCCUAAUUGGCUGUAUUCAUCAUUUGGUUUCUUGCACUCGUACUUUCAAGAUGCUUUUAUGUCAAGUGAUGUUUGCAGAUUUAAGGCAAAACUUGAACGGACACUGACUCUUUGAGCUGCAUAGUUAAAGUACUGUGAUGUAGAUAAACUCAGAUGCAGUGUGUAUCAAGACAGUGUUGGCAUUUUGUUCUAUUUUGCUUUAAUAGCUUAAUAUAUUGUAUGUAUGUGAUAUCUCUUAAAAAUAUUCUCCCUUUCUUUUCAUGGGUAAAGUCUCAGGAGUUAGUAUAUGAUGAAAUAUUUAUUAUAAAAAUCUUUCUGCAUUUGUCUGGAUUGAUGGUGUAAGGCACAUACUUUCUCUAGCACCUGUCAUCUUGGGAGUUAGGUGUAUUUUUUUAUCUGUGAUUCUGUACUCAUCUCUCUUAAGAGGUACACAGUUGCUAGAUGACUGAUUUUCAUAUAUCCCCUUUGGAAUGUAACAAUUAAAGAUAAAACUGAUUUUUGAAAAAUG